AUGUUGUGGAGCUUCUUUCUUCUUUGCCUCUCGUUAUUUUUGAUUGGAUUAAAGGCCAGAAUUUAUUUUAGAGGAUAAAAAUGUGAAACACUUAGGGAUAUAUCUAAUUUAACUAUUCUCAUAACUGGAGGUAGUAAAGGACUAGGAUAAGAGACAAUCAAACUACUAGCAAAAUUUAAAUGUAGGAUAAUAUUUGGUUGUAGAAGUAAACCAACUGAAUUCUUAGAAAAAUUACUGAAAACUUAUCCUUUAACAAAAAUUGAAUAUAUUCCAUUAGAUCUUUAAAGUUGGAGUUCGAUUAAACAAUUUGCUAAUAGAGUGAAUAAAGAAGUAGAUAGAAUUGAUAUUUUAAUAAAUAAUGCAGGAAUAAUGGGAACCUUGACAAGAUAGUUUACCGAAUAUGGUAUAGAAUCUUAAUUUGGAACUAACUAUUUAGGUCCCUUUUUCUUAAAUCAAUUAUUAGUAAGAAAUUCAAUAAGAAUAAUUUAGCUUGAUCUUAUAAGAAAAUCAAAUUGUCCAAGAAUAAUAAAUGUCUCCUCAAUAGCACAUGUGUUUUAAGCUCUUGAUUUUGAUGAUCUGAAUUGUGAAAAAUGGGCUAACAGUGUAUUUUGGAGCAGAAUAUAUACUUAUAGAGCUUAUGGAAAUACAAAAUUUGCAUAAAUUCUAAAUGGAUAAGAAUUUUAUAAUAGAACUGGUGUAAAAGCAUGUUCUUUGCAUCCAGGUGUUGUAAGAACUGAAGUAUUGCAACAUUAAUUGUCAGCCUGGUGGUUCAAUUUGAUUAUGUUAAUAGCUUGGCCAAUCUAUAGUUUUUUCACAAAAGACUGUUAUUAUGGAUGCCAAACAAUUUUAUAUUGUAUUAUGUUAAAAGAUGAAGAAUUGAUAAAUGGUGGAUUCUACAAAGAUUGCAGACUAUCAAAAGCAAGAUACACAAGCAAAGACAAAGCUUCAAAGUUGUGGGAUAUAAGUUUGUAGUUAAUAUCAAAGAUUGAAAGUUCAAUUUGA